GACACUAGGGUUGAAGGGAAGCUGUGAGGUGCGCUUAGCUACGCUUGUCGCCGAUAUGGCGGCUGUAAGAGCGGAAGUACUCAUUCCCAGAUCUUUACACUCCGACAUUCCAACUUAUGUUGAGUUUUGCAACCAAGCUGGAGAAGUAGCUAGAGCCUGGUGGCUGGAUUUUAAUGGCAAUCCAGUAUGUUACGGCGACAUUAGCCCUGGAAAGCACCUUCGGAUGAACACCUACGUGACUCACCCUUGGGUUUUUCGGAAUGCAGUAAAUGAUGCCAAACUUCUUGUAAAUCUGGAGGAUGUGUACUUUCCUGAGCCACCAGUAGAUGAAGAUGGAGAAACUGUUUUCCGACAGGUUGUCAUCACCAGUCCAGUAUAUUCAUUAAAAGAUUACUGUUCUAUGUUGAUUCGUAAACUUGUCAAGGAAGGAGAUUUCAAAAAGCUUGAGAUUGCAGAAUCUCUGAAGGAAGACUUGAAAGAGGCACCUAGCCUGGAGCAGGAACUUCGACAAUUAAACGCAGCCCAUAAUGCUAAAUGCUGAUAACUAUAAAUGUGUGUACACUUCAGUUUUCAUGCUCUACACACUUUGUCUUAAAAAUGAAGUGCCUCUUGACUAGUUUGUUUAAAAAAAAAAACAGUAAAAUUAUAAGUUAAAAUCUCAGGCACAGGAAUUAUUUAAAUGGAGUCACACAAACAUUAUUUUUAAUUUAUUCAGCUUGACCAAAUUCUAAGAUAGAUUUAGAUGUGCCAUAUUUAUUGAAUAAAUGUAGUAGUUGUAAUUAGCCCAACAAAAAAUGGUCUAAUAUUAAUAAUUUUCAAACAGCAGUGUUUUCCCUUUUUUUUUUUUGAAUAAACUUGUAUUAUGAAACCCGUUUUUACCUACACAUUCAAUCUGGUUAAAUGACUAUGAUGUAAGAAAUACACAUUUUGAUUGAAAACGUAACUGUCUUCAUACAUGUAAAAACUGUCUUUAUCAAUGUAAAAAUAAUAUUCUGUGAAUAUAUAUAUAUACCUUAUUGCAAUAUUGAAAGCCUCAGUAUGUUUUUCAUUUUUUACUUUUAACAAUUUUACUACAUAAAGUUGUUUUUUUGUCAGUGAGGAAUUUGCUUAUAAAUAAUGAUUCAUUUUUUAUGUUUUACAUGUAUCAUUAUACAGUAUGUCCUCAUUUUCUCAAUGUAAAUGCUUUUCCAAUACACUAAAUAGAUGCAUUGCAGUAUCGCUACUUUUAAAAGGCCUAAACAGGGAGAACAUUUGUAGAAAAUUAAGAGAUGAAUGAAGACUUCAUUGUGUCUUCUCUUUUGAUAUACUGUAUACACUCAGAAUAGGUUUUGUAAAAUUAUUGUAGUUGCAAUGUAUUUUAUCUCUAUCCAUGCAAUUUUCGUGCAUUUCAGUCACACUAAAUAAUUCUUUGGCAGCAGUUGUUGCUGAACUUGUAGGAUUUUAUCACUGUGGCAGUAGUGAGGGGUUUGGUGGAAAGGUGAAUGGAAAAUCACCAGCUACAACGACAUGAACACCAUGAAGCUUAAACAAUAAAACUUUGCCAUUCUGCCUGCAGUUACUAAAAGGCAAAAUACUUUGAUCAGUUAGCUAUAUCUGAAACAUCUUCAUUUAAAAUAAAUUUCACACUUCUCAUCAUAGGUAAUGUUUAAAUGUAAUAUAUUGAAACACAAAAUAUUUGCCAGAGAAAUGGAGUUCUUUGUAUUGGUGAGAUUAUAUGUGUGAAUUCACUAC